GACUGGGAUCAUGACCUCAGCAGAAGGCAGAUGCUUAACGACGGACUGAGCCACCCGGACCCCCCCUUCCCUGACAGCUUCUAAAGCCAGGCACUGGCUAGAGCGCUAGAAAUAGCACUCUCUAACAGAUAAGGCAGGACCAAAGGGGUUGCAGUGUUGGGUACUGGGGGCCAGGAAGGUGUCCCUGUAGGCUGCGUGGUAGUGGCUACCUGCAGGCCCAGAGUGGCCUGGGUAUCCCCCCCUACCUCAGCCACCUGCUUCUCUCCUGCAGUGGAUCCCAGUGCACAGCACUGGGGCCUCCAGAAAAAGCUCCAGCCUUAGGCCAGCAUCCACACGGAUUGGUCAUACUCGUUAUUAAAUAAUGACUGUCAACUACCGGUGAGGGACAGCUUCUUCCUGACGCCAUCACAAACCCCCUCUUCUACUGGUUUCCCUGGGUUCCCAAGCAAUUGUGUCAUCAGACCUACCUCAGCGGGACCCUAGAGAUAGAUGCAAAGGAGGUGACAGGCAAGGGUCAGUCCAGCACAGAAGGGUCACCCUCAAGGGGCUGCUUGCUCAUCUGCCCGGGGACUCAGAACAUACAUGACUCAUGUCAUUUGGGCUCAGACAAGCGCAUCCCCAGGAAGCCCCAGGAUCCUGGCACUACUAGGGGUAUACUGAGCCCCUGAUGUCCCUAACGCUUUGCCAGCACCCCCUGGCCCCACAGAAGCAGGCAACAUGCCUAUCUCCAAGUGCUUGAAGAAGUCGGAGCCCCUGUGGAAGGGAUGGGACCGGAAGGCCCAGAAGAACGGACUGAGACACCAGGUGUACGCGGUCAAUGGUGACUGCUAUGUGGGCGAGUGGAAGGACAACAUGAAGCAUGGAAAAGGAACACAGAUCUGGAAGAAGAAAGGAGCCAUCUAUGAGGGAGACUGGAAGUUUGGGAAGCGAGAUGGCUAUGGCACCCUCAGCUUUCCUGACCAAGAGAUGGGAAAGCCCAGGAAAGUAUACUCUGGCUGGUGGAAAGAUGAUAAAAAAUCGGGCUAUGGGAUUCAGUUUUUCGGACCCAAGGAUUAUUACGAGGGUGAGUGGUGUGGCAACCAGCGCAGCGGAUGGGGCCGCAUGUACUACAGCAACGGCGACAUCUACGAGGGCCAGUGGUUGAACGACAAGCCGCAUGGGGAAGGCAUGCUGCGCCAGGAGAACGGGAACCGCUAUGAGGGUUACUGGGAGAGAGGCAUGAAGAAUGGGCCAGGCCGUUUCUUCCACCUGGACCACGGUCAGCUGUUCGAAGGCUUCUGGGUGGACGACGUGGCCAAGUGCGGCACCAUGAUUGACUUUGGACGUGAUGAGGCACCUGAGCCCACCCAGUUCCCCAUUCCUAAGAUCAAAAUUCUGGACCCUGAUGGCGUGCUGGAGGAAGCCAUGGCCACGUUCAGGAAGACAGAGGAAGAAGACUGAUGCCAGGGCAGUCGUGGUCCUUGCCACCCCCCAGGUUACUGUGGUUAACAUGAACAUGAAAUAAGACGUGUUCCUAAUGCAAGAGAUCCUGUCUCCCCUGCUUCCCCAGGGACAUUUGGCGAUGUCUGGAGACAUUUCUGGUUGUCACAACUGGCAGGGAAAAAUUUCACUGGCAGCUGGUGGAUAGCAGUUAAGGAUCCUGCAAAGCACACUCUAACGGAAACACUCCUUUACUGCGUUUUUCGGCCCAAUGACUUAAGUGUAACCCUGUAAUUCCAAGAUGUUCACUAAGGCCUCGGCACGUGCCUGGCACACAGUAUAGGCUCCAUAAUCCCUGACACUAUUUCCUGUCUGCCUCCGAAAUCAUAAGCAGGGUGGCCUGACCCCAAGGUAUGGCUCUGUCUAGACCUCUCACGCCAGGAAGCUGGGCCUGGCCCACUGGGGACACAGACCGUUCACUUGGUGCCAGGCCCUGUGCCCAGAGUUUCACCUGCCACCACCCCCGCCCCCAAUGACCCCGCAGGUUCUGAGGCUGUCCUCUAUUAUCACCCUUUUAGAGGGGGAAGUAGGUUCUGGGAGGCUCCCAAGUCACAAAGUGAGAAAGUAACUGUGCUUAAACGUAAACCUACCCGCUCUUAACGAACAGAACAGAGCAUAAGGAAGGAUACCUUUUUUCUUUCUCCCCCCAGAAAAAGUAGGGUGUUUCUUGCUUCUGAAAUCUCCCUAGAUGGGGACACAAUAUACUGGCAACAACGGAUGCCAGGGGAGAGAACCAGGAACCUGGGAACAGGGGAGGGCGGGCAACUUUCUCACUGUUGUAUUUGGAACCUGUGAAUGUAUUUGUGUCUGAAAUACAAAGAAAACUGAAAUUAGAGAGAGAGUGUCCUUUAACUACUGUGCUUCCCUGAGCUGCCUAGGUUUGAGUACCGGGGAUGUUAAAAACAGAUUCUAGGGGUGCCUGAGUGGCUCAGUGGGUUAAGCCUCUGCCUUCAGCUCAGGUCAUGAUCUCAGGGUCCUGGGAUC